UCGGAUUUAUCAUAUUUAUUAUGUGAGCUCGCUGCUUCUGGCAAGUGUAACCGCUGACGUAAACCUAACCCUAGAAAAUAAUCUUCGCUGUUGCUUCGACGCAGACCACGACCAUUAUUACGGGGCCACCACGACGCCGCCACGCGUCCUCCCACUUCACGCAUUGCCGCUACCGCGCAGUAGCUACCAUCCAUAACCACCGCGACCAGUUCAGGUUGCCGCCACCGCGUCAGCGAGACGCAGCCACAACUACCACCGGGACAAGUUGAGGGUUUUUGAUAUGGCAAACACCGAUGAGGCCGAGCCGUCAUGCCAAUUUGACAUUCCCGAAUCCUUCAUCGACGAAAACUCCGAAGUUCUCCGGGAAAAGUAUUUGAAAAUUCUGAAAGAAUUUAUAGCCUCCAACGAUCAAGCUUAUGUGUUUCAUGGUAACUUCUCUAGUGAAGAGCGCAAGGUAGUGGACCGGUUAUGCCACCUCAUGGAGUUAGGUGUAAGAUUCUGUGGGACUGCAGGUGAGCAGAAAAUAAUUGCUUUCAAAGUGAAUAACGAAGCCUCAAAUCAUAUUCAGGCCGUCCUGUCCAGGAAAAGGAAGAACAGAGAGGAGUCAGAGGCGUGUGGUGAGAAUGCAGAUAUUUGUGAAUUGAAUAAAAUCUGGAUUUCCCAAACAUUAGAAAAAUUUGCAGCUUCAAACGAUGAAGUGUACACUUUUGAAAAUAAAUUGACUGGUCAAGAAGAUGAUUUAGUGUAUAACUUUUGCAGAGAAAGAGGUUUUAUAUAUACUCUUUCUUGGAAUGGGAUUAAACAGAGAGUAUGUGUGCGUAAGACCAGAGAGGAAGUUGACAAUACUACCUUGGUAGAGAAUCUUUCUCAUGUCACUUGUUCAGAUGAAUCAGAUCAGAUUGAUAAGCUGAAACAAUCUGAAAAGAAAGUUGAGCGAGAGCCAGAGUCAGCUCAACAUCAGAAUUUCAUUGUUAUUGAACCCAAAGGGGUUCGGAUGGAUCCGAUUUCCAAAAAGGAGGUUGCUACCACCAGGGUGUCGGGUUGUCAUCCUUGCAUCACAUUUCCUGAACAGUCAACUCCGAAUAGAAAGGAGACAGUGGCAUCACGACACCAAAAUCCCAUUAUUGAUGAAUCAACAAGGAUUCGGAUUUCCCAGACAUCGGAAAAAUUUUCAACAUCAAAAGUAAACAAAUUUGAAGCCAACUUGUCUUCUGAAAAAUGUUUUGCAGUGCAAUUAUCCCAGGAAAUGGGAUUUAGAGUGGAAAAUUCAGGGAGUGGGAUGAGGCAGAAAACAUCUGUGCAGGAAACUGAAAAGAAUAUUUACACCACUGCUAUGUUAGAGAAUCUUCCUUUUUUCACAUUUUCUGGACAGUCAAAGCGUGUAUUAGCAGAUUUACUUGAGCAAUAUCCUCCUGGCGAUGGGGAACUCUGGCGAACGAUGAUUGAAGCAUUUGGUGACACUACUGAUAGAACAGAAGAAAAGGAAGAUGAUGUUUUCAGGAGGCCUUGUAUGAGCAAAGUUGAAAUUAUUAAGAGACUGGAGAUUCUUUCUGAAGGAACGAAGGAUUCCUUUAAAUUGAAACUGAUCAACGAAAAGAGAUCUAAGCUUCCAAUCCAUUCUUUCAAGGACAUGAUUACAUCAACUGUUGAAUCUCACCAGGUAGUUAUGAUAUGUGGUGAGACUGGUUGUGGAAAGACUACUCAG